GAUGCCAAAGGCCAGUACCUAUUUGACCUUCUUUGCCACCACCUGAACCUACUUGAAAAAGACUAUUUUGGGAUCCGCUUUGUGGACCCAGAUAAGCAGCGGCAUUGGUUGGAGUUUACGAAAUCUGUGGUGAAGCAGUUGAGAUCCCAGCCUCCGUUCACCAUGUGUUUCCGGGUGAAGUUCUACCCUGCAGACCCUGCUGCCCUGAAGGAAGAAAUAACCAGGUAUUUGGUCUUCCUGCAGAUCAAAAGGGAUCUCUACCACGGCCGCCUCCUCUGCAAAACGUCCGAUGCCGCCUUGUUAGCGGCUUAUAUCCUUCAAGCGGAGAUUGGAGAUUAUGACCCAGGAAAACACCCUGAAGGCUACAGCUCCAAAUUCCAGUUUUUCCCUAAACAUUCAGAGAAGCUGGAAAGGAAAAUUGCUGAGAUUCACAGGACAGAACUCAGUGGUCAAACACCAGCAACAUCAGAGCUGAACUUCUUAAGAAAAGCGCAGACACUGGAGACCUACGGAGUGGACCCUCACCCGUGUAAGGAUGUGUCCGGAAAUGCUGCGUUUCUGGCCUUCACUCCUUUUGGAUUUGUUGUUCUUCAAGGAAACAAGAGGGUCCACUUCAUUAAAUGUAUCCUGUUUGCCUCUUUUACUGCAGCCAUUCACUGGGCUGGUGGCUUCAAGGAUUUUUCUACAAAACCCCCUAAGCCCCUUUCCUGGAAUGAGGUGACCAAGCUGAAAUUUGAAGGGAAGACUUUCUAUUUAUACGUAAGUCAGAAAGAGGAAAAGAAAAUUAUUCUCACAUAUUUUGCUCCAACUCCAGAAGCCUGCAAGCACCUCUGGAAAUGCGGAAUUGAGAACCAAGCCUUCUACAAGUGAGUAGACAACACGUGGCAUGGGACCGUCAUUAUCAGAGCCAGUGCGGGGAACGCUGCUUUCAGAGGGAUGAUGGACAGGUACAGUGGCCGAGUUGCAAAGGAAGUAAUGGAGUCAAGCGCCCAGAUCAAACGGGAGCCGCCGGAAAUCCACAGAGCUGGGAUGGUUCCCAGCCGCAGCUGUCCCUCCAUAACCCAUGGCCCAAGGCUGAGCAGCGUCCCCAGGACUCGGAGAAGAGCUGUUCACAUCUCCAUCAUGGAAGGCCUAGAGUCCCUGCGGGACAGUGCCCACUCCACCCCUGUGCGUUCCUCCUCUCACGGGGACACCUUCCUGCCUCACGUGAGAAGCAGCCGGGCAGACAGCAAUGAGCGAGUCGCCGUGAUUGCAGACGAGGCCUACAGCCCUGCAGACAGCAUGCUGCCCACCCCUGUGGCCGAGCACAGCCUGGAGCUGAUGCUGCUUUCCCGGCAGAUCAAUGGGGCCACCUGCAGCAUCGAGGAGGAGAAGGAGUCUGAGGCCAGCACCCCCACUGCUGCAGAUGUGGAGGCCCUGGGGGGAGAGCUGAGGGCCCUGUGUCAGGGGCAUGGCAGGCCGGAGGAGGAACAGGUGAAUAAGUUUGUUUUAAGUGUCCUCCGUUUGCUCCUUGUGACCAUGGGACUCCUCUUUGUUUUGCUCCUCCUCCUGAUCAUCCUUACCGAGUCUGACCUUGACAUUGCCUUUUUCCGAGAUAUCCGUCAGACCCCCGAGUUCGAACAAUUCCACUAUCAAUACUUUUGUCCCCUCAGGCGAUGGUUUGCCUGCAAAAUCCGCUCAGUGGUCAGCCUGCUCAUUGACACCUGAGAAGACAUGACUCCUCCUAAUAACUAGCCAGGUGGACCAAGAAGCCCGGCUACCCGUUCCCAGCAAUGGGACCCAUCGCGGAACCAUCGGCACAUGUACCAAAUCCUCCUUUCAUGACUCAAAGUCCACAGCCUAGGAGGGUGGUUUCCCAGAAGAAGAAGGGGAUAGGCUCAUGCCCUGUCUAAACAAACUGGGAAAGCUCAUUCCCUUCAGCGGUUCUCUCAAGAAAGGCUCGGCGACUCUGUUUCUCAUCCUCCCAACACGCAGGAUAACUUUUGGCUUUGAAUUUUGAUUUUUCAUAGAUGUGUAUUAUUUUGAAAGUAUUGAAUAAAAAUAAUUUAUUUUAUUAUUACUGAUUAUCACCGUAGUGUCACCUAGCAGAUGGGACACUAGUUGAAGACGAGAGAGCUGUUGUCUUCUGUAUUCUGCAGGAGCUUUUCUACUGGGUUCCAGUAGACUCGUCACUGCAGCCUCAGUGGGGCAGACCAGGGGUCUGGACAGUGGAGACGUCUAAGUUUUCUUGCCAGACAGAGCUUUUUAAAAAGUAAACAUCCAUGUAGAAUGAUUAAAUGAAAAGUUGCUUCUUA